UAGCCGGUGUUUACAUUUACAGAAUGAAACCCUUCAGGUUAAUCUCAAAUCGAUUGUCAUUCGCGAUCUAACCCGCCGUCAAGGGAUCGGUGAGAUCGGUUACUACCGGAUCGCAGAGCGCAAACGCAGAUGAGCUGUAUGGCGCUCGUGAGACAGGCGUGUUUUGAACAGGUGCGACAGAAUAGCUCAACUGUUUAUGUUUGUUUGCACUGAGCGAGAGAGGAUGUCGAGUGCUGCGGGCAGCGGCGCCGAGCUGCGCAUGCGCACUGACACACAGACAGCGGCUGCAGCUGCAGGGUGGAGGACCGAGAUGAGAGAGAGACAGAGCGGCAGGACCGCUGGCAGAAUGGAUGUCUACAUCAUUAGUCCUCAGGGAAAGAUCUUCAGAUCCAGGACGCAGCUGCACAGGUAUCUGCUCUCACAAACCGACCUCCACCUGCAGCUCAGCGACUUCGGCUUCUCUGCGUCCGAUGAGCAUGAGGAAAUGCCUCGAACUCGACAAAAGAGAAGAAAGCAGCAGGUGAAGUCUAGCCCCACAGAAGCCUCUCCUCUGAGUGUGGCGAUGGUGACAAACGAAGACGUGGAUGAGCGUCAGGAGGAGACGAGAGAGACCGGAGAGCAGAAUGAAGCGGGAAGAGCGAGUCCGGCCAAUCAUUCACAUCCAGCUCUGGACGCAAGACUGCAGUCUUCUCCAGAGAGCCGACAACAAAAGCCAUCAGAGACGACAGAAGGACCAGAGGAUGAACACAUGAGCCUGACGCACGUGGCGUGUUUGUCACCGUCUAGAAGCGCAGACAGCCGUUUGAAGUUAUUUGCAGAGAAACGGAAAACGAGCCCGUACUUCAGUAGAAGGAAUGAAGCUCUCAGUCCACCGAAACGCAAGGCCUUCAGGAAGUGGACUCCGCCGCGCUCACCCUACAAUCUGGUGCAGGAGACCCUGUUUCACGACCCCUGGAAGCUUCUAGUGGCCACAAUCUUUCUCAACAAGACCAGCGGUAAGAUGGCGAUCCCGGUGCUGUGGGAGUUUUUCGAGCGCUAUCCGAGCGCAGAGGUGACGCGAACGAGCGACUGGAGGCCGCUGGCUCUCCUGCUGCAGCCGCUGGGUCUCAGCACGCUCCGCGCCAAAACACUCAUCCGCUUCUCUGAUGAGUAUCUGAGUAAAUCGUGGCGGUAUCCCAUCGAGCUCCACGGGAUCGGCAAAUACGGCAACGACUCGUACCGUAUCUUCUGUGUGGAGGAGUGGAGAGAGGUCACUCCAGACGACCACAAGCUCAACGACUAUCACGCCUGGCUCUGGAAAAACCAGGAGCAACUAGGAAUCUGAUUUUAGUUACACUCCAGGAUAUUUUAAUAAAUCAUAAUGACUGCAGUACAGUGACACUUUCUCCUCCAAACAUGAGAUGUUCUUAUUGUUUUAUCAUGUUUGUGCAUCAGUUCAGGAAAAAAUAAAAAUAAAUGAACUUUUUAUCUUUUU